AGAGCGUCUACAGCUCCUAAACCUUUACUCUAUCCAAGGCCGACUGCUACGGGCUGACCUCAUACAGUGCUGGAAGAUUUUUCACGGCCACUCAUGUAUCUUGCCGGCUGAACUAUUUGCCCAGCCCACCCUAACCAGAACCCGUGGACACAGCGAAUGUUGGUUUGCCUCAAGAACCUCAACCUAGAAGUCCCUUGGUUCGUCUAAAAAACUGUUGUUUCAGGAAAAAAUGGAUUCAAACAAAACUGAAGUUGUGAUUGUGUCAGCUGCAAGGACACCAAUUGGCUCGUUUCUGGGCUCGCUUUCUACGGUUAAGAGUCACCAGCUGGGCAGCCUGGUCAUCAAAGAAGUGCUGGCACGGGCCGGGGUCGACCCGUCUGAGGUCAGCGAGGUCAUCAUGGGUCAGGUGCUGCCGGCCGGCCAGGGACAGAACCCGGCCCGGCAGGCCGCCGUCAGCGCCGGUGUGCCCGUCCACGUGCCCGCCAGUGGUGUCAACAUUGUGUGCGGCUCCGGGCUGAAUGUCCUCACGCGCAGGGCGGUGUGUAACGCGGCGCAGGCGAUCCGCUGCGGGGAGGCGCGGCUCGUAGUGGCCGGCGGCCAGGAGUCCAUGUCGCAGGCGCCGCACCUUAUGGGCCUGCGCACCGGACAGAAGCUGGGAGACGCCCAGCUAAGGGACAGCCUGCUGGCCGACGGCCUGCAGGACGCCUUCUCCGGGAUACACAUGGGAGUCACCGCGGAGAACAUUGCCAAGCAGUUCUCCAUUUCUCGGUCGGAGCAGGACGAGUACGCGUGCCGGUCUCAGUCGCUGACCAGGGCGGCGGUGGAGGCCGGCCGAUUCGCCGCCCAGAUCGUACCCGUGUCCGUCCAGUCGCGCAAGGGUGUCACAGAGGUGACGGCAGACGAGUUCCCGCGCCCGGAGACCACCACCGAAACGCUGGCCAAGCUGAAACCGGCCUUCGUCACGGACGGCAGUGGCACUGUGACGGCCGGUAACGCCUCGGGGCUGAACGACGGCGCGGCGGCCGUCCUGCUGAUGAGCGCGGAGGAGGCGGCCACCCGCCGGCUCACCCCGCUGGCACGUGUCGUCUCCAGCGCCUCCUACGGCGUGGAGCCCAGCAUCAUGGGCACGGGCCCGAUCCCGGCCACCCGACUGGCGCUGGAGCGGGCCGGCUGGAGUAUGGACGACGUGGACUUGUUUGAGAUCAACGAGGCGUUCGCGGCGCAGGCGCUGGCCGUGCAGCGCACGCUCGGCGCGCCCAUCGACAAGGUCAACGUCAACGGCGGCAGCAUCGCGCUGGGACACCCGCUGGGGGCCUCAGGCGCGCGGGUGCUCGUCACGCUGCUGUACGCGCUGAGGGAGCGCCAGCUGAAGAAGGGCGUGGCUGCGCUCUGUAUCGGCGGCGGCAUGGGCAUCGCCAUGUGUGUCGAGCUCAUGUGACGUCGUCACCGGGUCGCUUCCACGGGAACCGCGCCGCCGCAGAGGGAGGGUCGCCACCCGCCACUGCUGCAGCAUCGGGAGAUGAGGCCAGUCGAACCCCGUUAGGGGCUGUACCAAAAUGAUAUUUCACUAUACUCGUAUACUCGUGCCUUUCUUGCCCACAUGUAUAAUGUGCGUGCCAGUGGGCGUUUCCGAUCAAACAUUUUGUACCGAGCGUUUUACACUUGGCGGGCCAGUGAAGAGUUGUCUUCCCAUCGACGGCUGCGCUCUGUAGCUGUAUUGUUUUGGACGUUGGGCUGUCCGAUGUGCUGUACCAUCGUUGUUCUUUUGGUGAUGGUUUUUGGUGACGGUCGAAGCUUUCUGAGUGAACGGGCGAGGGCUUUUAUCGUUGACGUUUUGCCCCUUAGAACGUGUUCUUUGUUGCCAGUAUAGCUUGAUCAUGACAGGCACGUCAGCGUGCAUAUCAGGAAUUCAAUCGUAUUUGCCAAAGGUAUGGAAGCUCAAGGCUCGCAAGUUUUUAGCAUCUUGUUUUUGUUCCGUAAUGGGAGCCUGCCGACGUUAGAUCUAUGUAUUUUGUCAUCUGCCAUAUCAGCACGUUGUCUGUUUUGUUGCCAGAAAAUACUCAGAUUGGUUAUCGUGCGUUGAUACUGUUACGUUUUUCUGUUAAUGCUUUACGAAAUACUCAUUAGUCGUUUUGAGUUGUUGAUUUGGUUAUUUGGAAAAUAUAUUAUUCAUCCACCUGCUCUUAA